GUCAAAAUGUCUACACCAACCCUAAUAUUCAUCCCCGGCUCCUGGCACAAACCCACCUGCUACAAUAAAAUUAUAACCCCCCUCCAAAACCAGCACCACCUAAAAUGCAUCGCCAUCACCCUCCCCUCAACAACAGGAACCCCAGCCGCGACAUUCAAAGACGACAUUGACGCCGCCCGCGAUGCCAUAUCAACUGAGACAACAGCCGGCCGCAACGUCGUCGUGAUUGCGCAUUCCUACGGCGGUAUGGUCGGGAAUAGCGCAAUCAAGGGGUUCACCCGUCCCAAAGAGACAGACGCCUCAAACCCAACCCAGGGAUCCGUCAUCGGCCUUAUCCUUAUAGCGUCCGGCUUCACAUUCACAGGGCUAGCAUUCAUGGACCCCUUCUUCGGUCGUCCACCGCCCUUCUGGCGUGUCAAUGCCGAAACGGGCUUUGCGGAGAUCACAGCGGACCCGCGCGAACUCUUCUACCAUGACCUCCCGCCUGAAGAGGGGGAGUACUGGGUCUCGCAGCUUACGUCGCAGAGUCUAAAGUCUUUAUUCGAGGGCGGGGAGUAUUCGUAUUCCGGCUGGUUGGAUGUGCCGGUGUGGUAUAUCGGGUCCAUCGAGGACAGGGGGUUGCCGGUUGUGGUGCAGCGGAUGCAGAUGGGGAUGGGGAGGGCGAUGGGUGCUGAUGCUGUGCAUAGGGAGUUGAGGACGAGUCAUUCGCCGUUUUUGAGCCAGCCUGAGGAGACGGUGGGGAUUGUUUUGCAGGCUGUUGAAGCGUUUUGUGUCAAGGCUGGGGGGGUUGAGUUGGUGGUGGGUGGGCGUGAUGCGAGUGAUGCGGUUACGGCUGUAGAGGCCUCGCUUUGGAAGCCUGGGACGUGGGUUAAGUAUGGUAUACCCUUGGCUUUUGGGAAUGUUAUAGGGAAGUGUGUUCUCCUGUUUACCUGGGGGAGGAGGCUAUGGAGAGGUCGUGGUUGAUAGACAGAACUACGCUGCGGGUUCGGGUCAUCCUAGCUGUAAUCAAUACAAUCCUGACUCCCUGCCGUUUAUAGUUCGUAUUGAUAUCCUAG